CAUUGUGGGAAACCGAGGCCACUGUGUUGUUAAUGAUAACCAGUUCUAAUUUGUAACUGUGUCUAAUCACAAAAAGCUUCGCCCCCUGGUGGCUGGCUGCGGUACAAGCCGGUGCCAUGAACGCCUCAGACAGUGAUGAGGACUUGUACAACGAGAGGACGGCGUUGGUCCCUUCAGAGAAUCCAGUGGUGUCGUCGUACCAACCAGAUCCAGACGUCCGCCCCUCAGAGGAUGCGCCCACCAACAGGCCCGGGGUCUGCAGGCGGGCGGGUCCAGCGGCCGUGGAAGGCUGUGGUGAUGGGGGAGGCUCAGAUCAGGAGGUGGACGCAGACGACGAGGAGCUGACUCUGAAGUACGGCGCCAAGCACGUCAUCAUGCUGUUCAUCCCCGUCACCCUCUGCAUGGUGGUGGUGGUCGCUACCAUCAAGUCGGUCAGCUUCUACACAGAGAAGACGGACCAGCAGCUGAUCUACACGCCCUUCACAGAGAACACCGCGUCUGUCGGCCGCCGGCUCCUCAAUUCCGUUCUCAACACCAUCAUCAUGAUCAGCGUGAUCGUGGUCAUGACCAUUUUCCUGGUCGUUCUCUACAAGUAUCGCUGCUACAAGUUCAUCCAUGGCUGGCUCAUCCUCUCCUCCCUCAUGCUGCUCUUCUGGUUCAGCUUCAUGUACCUCGGUGAAGUGUUUAAGACGUACAACUUGGCAGUGGACUACCCGACGGUGGGAGUGAUCAUCUGGAACUUCGGGGCCGUGGGGAUGAUCUGCAUCCACUGGAAGGGGCCGCUCCCGCUGCAGCAGGCCUACCUCAUCCUGAUCAGCGCCCUUAUGGCCCUCGUCUUCAUCAAAUACCUGCCGGAGUGGUCGGCCUGGGUCAUCCUGGGAGCCAUCUCUGUCUACGGUGGGUCCCUGAGCGUCUCUGAGACUGUUUGA